GGGUCAGAGUUGGGUGCAGCUCCACCAGAGAAGGAAGCGGUGUUUCCGGCUGUUUGCAGCGGAGGGAGAGGAUUGCUGACGCCGCGAAACCCCGAGAAAAACGCCGCCGGCUCGGGGGGGCUAACAGUUUCUAGCAUCGGUAGCUAGUGGUCGUUUUCUUUCAUACUGGGGGAUCUGGGGGCUGGUGAUUUUUUUUUACGAGCCGAGGGGUCCGGACAGCAAACCGAGCACAGAAGCUGCGCAAGGCGGGGGUGAGCCACCAGCUACCGGCAUGGCCAGGGACUACGAUUACCUCUUCAAGCUGCUCAUCAUCGGUGACAGCGGAGUGGGCAAGAGCAGUCUCCUCCUGCGAUUUGCAGACAACACAUUUUCAGGUAGCUAUAUCACCACGAUCGGCGUGGACUUUAAGAUCCGGACAGUGGAGAUCAACGGGGAGAAGGUGAAGCUACAGAUCUGGGAUACAGCAGGGCAGGAGCGCUUCCGCACCAUCACCUCCACAUACUACAGGGGAACACAUGGGGUCAUAGUGGUAUACGACGUCACAAGUGCAGAGUCCUUCGUCAACGUCAAACGAUGGUUACAUGAAAUCAACCAGAACUGUGAUGAUGUGUGCCGGAUAUUAGUGGGAAACAAAAACGACGACCCCAACUCCAAGGUGGUCGAGACGACUGACGCACAGAAGUUUGCCGAGCAGAUGGGGAUCAACCUGUUUGAGACGAGUGCAAAAGAGAACAUCAAUGUUGAAGAGAUGUUCAACUGCAUCACAGAGCUAGUGCUAAGAGCCAAAAAGGAGGUGCUAGCCAAGCAGCAGCAGCAGCAACAGAACGACGUGGUCAAACUCACCCGGAACAGUAAACGAAAGAAAAAAUGCUGCUAGCAAACUCGAAGCCAUCCAGAAAGGGCCGGCGGCGUCUUUUCUUCACACACGCAUACACACAAGAUGGGACUCAGAGCAUCUAAAUUAAAGAGCAGAUAAAGAUUUAAUAAAUAUACAGUGAAAGAUAAAAAAAAUAAAUGGGAAAAAAAAUGUCCCCUUUGGACAAACUAAUCAUGAAGACUUAAAAAAAUGUACAGAUUUUAUUAGACGUCAGAUCAAGUUUUAUUUGGAAUUCAGCAGAUGGGCACUAUUGACCUGAGGUCCUCCUUUCUUAAAGGAUCUGCAAGCUGACAACUGAUCGCCAUAAUGCUCAGAUUUAUAUCCACAUAAUCCCCAUAUUCUUCCAUCAGUAUCUCAUCUCUCCUUCUCAUUCCACUGCACGCGGGACAUUUAGAGUCGAGCUAGACUCUGCGCCUGAGGAGAAGGAGGGCUCACCUUUUUCUGGAUUUAUUCUUUUCUUUCUAAUUUUCUUUUCUUUUUUGGGGGGGAUGGGGGGGGCGUCUGAGUAAGAAUGGAGGUCUCACCACCUCUCUAGAGUUUCAACAUUUCAGACACUUGUUUUACCACGGCUCACGCCAAGAGAUGAACUGCUAGAUUUUGUUUUAUUUGACUUGAUAGGGAAAAAAUCACACAGAUGAUGAUGAUGAUGAUUGGUAGACGACCUUUAGCAACUAAUCCGAUGGACAGAACUGGUGACUUCUCAUGUUUUGUUUUUCUUUGUCUAUAUUUUGCCAAGCUUCCCACCCUCUCCCCUCUAUCCUACAGUAGUGCUGAGCCAACGAUUGAUUAUAUGUAUUUCUUUUUUAUAUAUAUAUAUAUAUAUAUAUAUUUGUGCGGCAGAGCAGUUGAACCACUCCUGGGACGUCAGGCUCUGAAAGUACCAUUCACUGCAGUCUUACUACGCUUCAGAGCUUGCUUUUAAACCUUUUCCUCCAUCUUUUUUUUUUAAAAUAAUGAUACUGCCAAUAUUAUAGAAAAAAAUAUUAAGAGCUCAGUGACACCUCUCAUUGGACUGUUGCCAUAGUGGCCCCUGGUUGGCCAAGAUGCAGGGUGAAUCAGGGUCUGAUGGGACCCUGUUGAGUCCUCAGGAAGCGCUCAGGGCUGCCCUCCUUCCCUCUCCCUAUUUCCCCUCUGUAUUUCUGCAGCCACUGGCCUUCUUUCCCUUGGCGCUCACAUAUCAGCACUCUCACAGCGACGGACUCACCUCCUGUAUUUGGUCCAUCAGUGGGCACGAGGAGGCUCUCUCGUAGAUGUCGCGGAGACCUCCAAUCCAUAGCAGACUGGUUUUUGCCCUUGUUUUUGAGCAUGUAACAAACACUUUGUUUGAUGUGGUAUGUAAAAGGUAAUGCCUGACAUGCAUUUAGACUGUCAAGGAUUUACUGCAUUUUCUCAGUUUGCUGAGUUGACAGUUGACUAACAUUACAGUCUGAUGUCAUGCUUUUCUCUAUCACAACCCCCUGCUACGUGCUCAACUGAAGUGUUACCGGACAGUGUUUUUGGCAUCCAUGAUGGGAGUGUGGCAGACAGUGGGACUGUUAAUGUGGGGAUGAACUGCAGCACUGGAUCCCAGUGUGUUCGGGCCUGAGCUCCUCUCCCUCUCCAUGUUCAGGGUUUGUCACAGAGGCCGAAGCAUCGUACAGUGUCUAUUACUGACAUAUUUGUUUUCUUUAUUUUGAAUUGGGAGAGUAAUAAAUGGAGAGAGCUGUAGGUAUUGGCUAAGCUUCUGUUGGAAACAUUGAGUUUUCAUCCACUGGGCAGACUGGCAGCCAGUUUGAGAUCCUGAUACACGUUGAGAGGUCACUGUGACCUCCAGGGCCUAGGAAUAGUAUAAAAUCUCACUUUAUGAUUUCUAUUCAUUACGUGUAUGUAUAUAUAAAUAUAUUUGUGUGUUUAUAUUCAAUAUAGAACAUACACAUAAUUAGCACACCAAACUGUGCAUGUGUUAAACAUGCCUCGUGUGCUAUGGUUGAAACACACUCGUCAGCUGUGGUUUGCUGUACACUGGAAAAAAAGAGAUGUACUAUUCAUUUUUCCCUACAUGAAUUUAAUCAGUAAUAAACGUUUUAAAGGAAUAAAUAUUUGACACAUAAUGACUGAUCUCAUUUGUCAGUGCUUUGAGACUUGGUCUUAACUUCAUUUUCAACCUGUGUCUUUUUAUUUUUUGCUAUCUGUGAAUAAAAUUGUAUGUGAGGAAGUGUG